AAUCCCGAAAACAAAAAUCCACAAAUUCCUUUUUCACUCUUCUCGACAUCUCUACCACGCAUAUCCCUCUUUCUCUUUCCCUAAUUUUCUCCCCUCACUUGUUUAACACAACAGGAUCGAACACGGAUGCUACAGUCCCCGACAUCUCUCGCUUUCUCUACUUUUCUCUGUUCCCCCAUCCUUCUUUUUUGUUUGCUAUAAAUGCUUGCCCUCUCAUAAAUAGAUCGUUUUCUGUGUUUCCUAGCUAGCUUUCCCGCUUCAGUAUCAGUGUUGAAGAAGGAGACUGGGACUGGAAAUUGAAUUUUGCGCGGCUUCUUUGGGUGCUGUUUCGUAGAUGGGUGUUUGGAUUCUUGUGCUAGUGCUGUGUUUACUAUCAAUCGCGGCCAUACCGGGUUGUUUAUCGGAUCCCAGUGACGAGGCGUGUUUGACCCACCUAAGCAAGUCCUUACAAGACCCCAACAAGUCUCUCCAGAACUGGAGAGAACCCAACUUCGCUAAGCCUUGCAACGAUUCUACUUCAAAUCUUCAAGGUGCUACCUGCAACAACGGCCGAAUCUACAGGCUCUCGCUCGCGAAUCUCAAUCUUCGUGGUACCAUCUCUCCGUUUCUUGCGAACUGCACCAAUCUCCAAGCGCUUGACCUCUCCUCCAACGCCCUCACCGGUCCUAUCCCUCCCGAUCUCCAGUCCUUGGUCAACCUCGCUGUUUUGAACCUCUCUUUCAAUCAUUUGGAAGGCGAGAUUCCUCCGCAGCUCGCACUGUGCGCCUAUUUGAACAUCAUCGAUCUCCAUGACAAUUCCCUCACUGGACCCAUUCCUCAGCAAUUGGGCCUUCUUGUUCGACUCUCCGCUUUUGACGUCUCCACCAACCGCCUCUCCGGUCCGAUUCCGGCGUCGCUAGCCAACCGCAGCGGCAACUUGCCGAGAUUCAACGCCACGUCCUUCCAAGGGAAUAAGGAUCUCUACGGAUACCCUUUACCGCCGCUUAGGAAUAAAGGAUUGUCCGUUUUAGCCAUUGUGGGGAUCGGGUUAGGAAGCGGUCUCGCGAGUCUGGUGCUUAGUUUCACCGGAGUGUGCAUAUGGUUAAAAGUCACGGAACGGAAGAUGGCGCUGGACGAAGGAAAAAUCAGUCAGCUUAUGCCCGAUUAUUGACCUUAAUGACAAUGGCUUCAGAAAUUCCAAGGUAUCUUUGAAACUGAUCGAGGAUGGUUCAGAUGAAAACACCAGGCAGGUACGUUUUUGAUAACAGUGAGGUGGGGGCUAUACACCCCUAUGUUGCCUUCUUUCUAAUGGGUCAUUCAUUGAGAUUUCAGAACCUUGUCCUAUCGAUCCUUUUGGGGAUAUAACAGAUUUUCCCCCCAUCCUCCUGUUCCUCUGUUCCACUGUUUCCAUUCCCUUCCCCAUUCCUGAUUGGCUCUCUGUCAUAGUCUCUUUUGAUUUUGAUUAUAAACAGUGUAUAAUUGAAAGGCAUCUCCGUUACUCGCACCAGUGAAAUUGUGCAGCUUUUUAAUAUAUUAUUUUUGACUUAA